UUCGGUUUCGUAAAGGAGUCUCCCUGGUUCGGGUUCGGGAAGCCCCAAACACUCCUUCCUGUUCGAUGACGUCACUCCUUAGCCUUUCAGUCAGGCGCUAGACACGCCCAUAGCGCGCUGAAGUGAAAUUACCUGCGGCAGAGCGCUUGGAGAACAGAGUGUGUAGAGCGGCGAGCUGUCUCAUUUACAGGGGCGUCUGGAUUUUACACCGCGCACAUUUCUUUCUUGUGCUGUUUACUUGAUAUUUUGUGGCUGUGUUAUUUAUUUUCUGACCUCUGCUACUCCUGACUGUGUUUAGAUCACACCGUGUCGUUUAACCGAUCUCUUCAGAAUCCGUUUUUUUACUGACGGAGAGGCGAUGGUGAUGGCUAGGCGAGCUAGCCCGAGUUUACCGGCAGCAGCGCUACUUCUCCUGUUGAUGCAAGCUGUCAGUGGUCAGAGGGUUAAAGUGAUUCCUGAGGUCACAGCCUACCCUGGAGAUGAAGUGAGUCUUCGCUGCAGCUUUGUAGAUCCCAAUGGAGAGGUGAAGAAGAGCCAGGUGACUUGGAUCCGUGAUAUUUAUCAUGAGAAGAAACAGAACAUUGCCGUUUACAACCCCAUGUUUGGUGAGAGCUAUCCUGAGUCGUCUAUAAAGGGGCGUGUCUCCUUCAGGACGUCAUCGCUGGACGAUCCCACCAUUGUCAUUAAUCCUGUGAAGCUGGAGGAUGAAGGCAGCUAUAUCUGUGAAUAUGCCACCUACCCCAGUGGCAACGAGGAGGGCGUCACCAAACUAUACGUGCUGGCCAAGCCAGUCAACUAUGGAGAUGCGAUCCAGGUACAGGAAGGUCCAAAGUCGGUUCCCGUGGCCCGAUGCGUGUCCUCCAGUGGCAAACCUCCAGCUGAGAUCUCCUGGAUAUCUAGUUUUCCAGGCAACGUCACCACUGAAAAUCAAACAAAUGCAAAUGGAACGGUCACAGUGAUCAGCACUUUCAGCCUGGUGCCCAGUGGAUUGAUCCACGACUACGUCGUCACUUGUCAAGUCCACCACAAGACGCUUGUCACACCAGAGAAGUUUAAUAUAAAGCUGAAUGUGAAUCACUCUCCUGUAGUGUCCAUCUCUGGCUAUGAUGACAACUGGUAUCUAGGACGAGAAGGGGCCUCCUUGGUCUGUCAAUCCAGAGCCAACCCACCAGCAACGUCUGUAACCUGGAAAGCUGCCAAUGGGAAGAUACCAGACUCUGUUCAGGUGAAUGGUGAUGUUCUUCAGGUGAAGAAGGUAGACCCAUCUGUUAACACCACGUUUAUCUGCGAGGUCACCAACAGCGUGGGUGUCAGUCAGCGGGAGCUCUCCGUCUUUGUCCGAGAUACACCAAAGCCAAUGGCUGUUGCGGCAACAGGCAGCAUCAUCGGUGGAAUCAUUGCUGCUGUUCUCAUCAUUGGAGUGCUGGUAACCAUAUACAUGAUUGUGAAGAGGCACCGCAAGAAUGACACAGAUGAUGACUUUGAGGGUCCACCAACCUAUAAACCUCCCCCUCCACAAAAGACUGGAGGUUCUCUCAAUUCGCUUGAUAAAAUCCAGAAGUUCCCAAAAGAAAACAGUACUUUGUUACAAACUGAAUAUUUUCAGAAAGAACCUGUCACGGAACUGGACAACUUUGAUGAUCCUCCAACUGAUUCUGCUCCUGUAGAGUAUAUUGAAUUGGGUCAAAGCUACAACCCUGAAUUGCAAGACUACCCACCUUAUACUGCUGAUGAACACGAUGACGACUAUUUGGAGCAGAUGAACCCAAUUUACAAUCAACUGAGCUACCCAGAGCCCAGAUCUGUACCCAGGAGCAGUGCUUUUGUGAUGUCGCCAGCCAUGUAUGUCUAAAGUCAUUUCUGUGGACUCUGCAAGAGAUAUUUACUGGAGGAGGAAGAGAAUGAAAUGGGAUGUGGGUCGGGGCUAUACAGGCCUUGUUUGGUCUACCUGGAAUAUUUUCUUCAGAAAAGCUUGCUUGAUAGUGCCUUUGCAGCCAAUCUUAUUAGAAACCAUGAGUGUUCUUAAAACGGGACUUCAGGAGACUGAGUGAUGUAACAUUUUGCACACCAGAGGUUGCCUCCUUCUGGAAGAACACUCGCAAAUUGGACAAGGGUUGUGUAAUUCUGUCUUCCUUGUAUAAUUCUGGCUGCUGUGACUAGAAUGUAGAAUAUGAUUUUAAAUCUUAAAGUGAUGUACAUGCUUGCUGAGGCGAUGACAUUUUAGUUUGUACAGGAAUAUGAGAGCUUGCCCCGAGGAGCCAUUGUUGGCAGAUCAUGUGGGACCAGUGAUCCUCCUACUUAAGGAACGGGCUGCAAAACUUGGAUGAAUCACAGUGGCCAUUCUUGUAAAUGCUAAAUUCCGUCCAUUCAGUGACCGAUCUGUCUUAUACACAAAACUCCAUGUGCUCUACCAGUCCCACACAACACUACAUUGUAUAUCUGUCUGGCUAUAUUUUUAAAAUGCUGUGAAGUGUGAAUUUUUUUUUAAUAUUUUUUGUUUAUACAUUUCCUUUUUAUAGUGGAUUUUAAGCAACCAGAGGGAAUAAUGCAAUAAGUAAGAGAACUGUAUGAAUGAAUGUUUGUAGGGGUUGGGUUUAUGAAAUUUACAGUUAAAAGAAUACUUGUGUGUACAUCUACUACUGAUUUAUUUUUAAAUAAAAAAUUACCUGAA